AUUUCCCUUCAAAACGGUAGUUCAAAUAUUUAAAUUGCAAUUUGGGCGCCUGAAUUCCAAAACAUUGUGAAAACUGUUAAAAAAUAAUAUACUUUAGUAUUUUCAGAAUUAUUGUUUAUUAUUUGUUUGUUGUGUUAAAUAAAAACAACGUUCUAAUUCAACCCUUCACUUCCCAUAUUCAUAAAGCUUCAGAAUUAAUCAACAUUAUGCCUAAGGAUAUAAGAAGUUUCUUCAAACCGCUCACGAAAACUAAAAUUCAAGAAAAGUUGGAUGCUAAAGAUUCAGAACAAACACUUAAACAUAAAAUAAAAAGCUCAGGAGAAGAAUCAUCAAAGGGAAAGAUAAUAGAAAAAAAACCAGAUAAGUCUUCAAAAUCUUCCAAUUCAAGAAAUGGUAGCAAAUAUGAUUCGAAAAACAAAAUACAGAGUAAAAAAAUUGAAGUUAUAUCUUCUGAUUCCGACUCAGACAUAGCGUCUGUGAAAAAGUCUCAGAGAGAUGAAAAAAAGCAACUUGAUAAAAAAAAGAGUAGACUAUUUUCUUCUGAAUCAGACUCGGAUGUUGCAUCUAUGAAAGAAGUGAAGAGAUCUGCUAUAACUAAAGAUGCUAAGAAGACUUCUGAGAAAAUAAAACCUAAAGUAGGUGAUUCGGAUAAAAAAACAUCCCCUAAAUCUGUCAAUUUGAAAAAACUUAGCAAUGUUUCAAAAAAAGCACUUAGUGACAGUGAUGAAGAUACAGACUUCAUUAAUCCAACACCAGAUAAAGGCAAUAUUAAAAAAAGAAAGCUGCAAAUAAGUUCUGAUUCUGAAGAUGAUUCUAAAACAAAACAUAUUGGAAAGUUGACCAAAGCCCAAAAUAAAGAAGGACUUAAACCUGUCAGUAUUUCAGAUAUUUUCAGUAGAAAAGUUAACCAGUCGAAUAUAAAAACUGCUGUUAAACCUCCUGAACCUGAACCAACUGCUAAGAAAAGUAAAAAAGUUAAAACUGAGCUAGGGGUUCAUGAGGACAAAGAUUUCGAAAAAACACUAAUUGAUCUGGAUGAUGAUAUUUUCCUACAAAAUGAAGAUAUUUUAGACAAAACCAUUGAAGGUGCUUUGCAUGAGAGCCCAAAAGGGAAAAAGGUUGAAAAAAGCAUAAUUAAUUCUGAUGAUUAUAAAUCAACGUCAUCUAUAGACAUUUCUAAUCAAGAAACUUCUUCAACACAUACAGAAAAACUACCGAAAAAGAGACCAAUCAAACAUGAUGAAGAUGACACACCAAGUAAGAGUAAAAAAAUUAAGCUUGGUCAUACAGAUUCAGGUUUUGAUGAUCAAGACCGUUAUGAAAAGAGGAAAUAUUGUGCCAUGCAGUAUCAACAAUAUCUCAACAGAGGGGGACCAAAGAAUCAUGGAUGUAAAGAACUCCCAAAGGGCAAACCUGAUUGUCUGUCAAAAUUAGUUUUUCUAAGAACAGGGGUUCUAGAUUCAUUGGAAUCAGAAGAGUUUGAGAAUUUGGUUAAAGAACAUGGUGGAAACGUGGUUCACAAUGUUUCAAAGAAAGUCAAUUAUGUUGUUGUUGGAGAAGAGCCAGGGCCAACCAAACUUCAGAAAGCUGAGAACUAUAAAAUUCCAACUAUAUCAGAAGACGAACUGUUAGAUAUGAUAUUGCAAAAGUCAGGAAUGCCUAAGAAAUAUACUGUGACCUGUAAAUUAUCUAGCUUUGAAGACGCUGGUAUUAAUGACUCAUUUGUAUCAAAUGAAAGUGAAGAAACAGUCCAACCAAAAGAAGCUAACAUAAGAAAAGACUCAGAUCUGAAAUCAAUUGAUAAGAAACAGAAUAAUACUAGUGAAAUCAAUUUGAAGGUACAAGAAAAGAAAGAAGCAAAGAUUGAUAGCAAAAAAAAUGAAAACAAUGAAGAAGCAAAGGUUCCUAAAAAACUACCAGAAAAUAAAGCUGAAAACCAAGAGGCUGAUAAUAACAAUGUCUCAUUGUCAGAAAAGUAUAAACCAAAAGAUUUGAAACAGAUUGUUGGGCAACAAACAAGCAACAGCAACAUGAAUAGAUUGAAAAAAUGGCUGGAAUGUUGGCAUAUGAAUGAAAGGUUGAGAAAACAGAAAAAAAUUGUUCAACCCAAGCCUUGGGAUAAAACUAAUGAUGGAGGAUACUUCAAGUGUGCUUUGCUGAGUGGUCCACCUGGAGUUGGAAAAACAACCACUGCCACUUUAGUAGCGGAAAGUCUAGGUUACGAUAUUGUAGAAUUUAAUGCCUCCGAUACCAGAAGUAAAAAAUUACUCCAAAAUGAAGUUGCAACAGCUUUGAAUUCUCAAAACAUAGCAUCUUUCAACAUCCACAGUGCGGGUCUUGACCAUAAGAGAGUAAUAUUGAUGGAUGAAGUUGAUGGUAUGGCUGGAAAUGAAGAUCGUGGUGGCAUGCAAGAACUUAUAAGUCUCAUAAAAACAUCCAAAAUACCUAUAAUCUGUAUGUGUAAUGAUAGAAACCAUCAAAAAAUGAAGACUCUAGCCAACUAUUGUUUCGAUUUAAGAUUCGAGAAACCAAAACCUCAGCAAAUCCUAGGCUUCGUUAUGUCGAUAUGUUGCAAAGAAGGCAUCAAAGUCAACCCUCAAAUAGCCAAUGAAAUCAUUAAUGGAACAACAUGUGACAUACGGCAAACCUUAAACCAACUUUCCAUGUUGUCCAAUUUAGACGUGGCAAUAAGUCUGGAGCAGGCCCAGAAAGAUUCUGCUAAUGCCAAAAAAGAUACAAUUCUAGGCCCUUGGCAAGUGUGUAAAAUGGUAUUCAACGAACCUGACCAGAAAGAUAUGACCUUAAUUGAUAAAUCUAGGCUUUUCUUCUACGACUAUAGUAUGGGCCCCUUAUUUGUUCAAGAGAAUUACCUGAAAGUUCAGCCUCAUGUAGACAAGAAGCUAACAAUGAGACAAGUGGCAGCUGCAGCUGAAGCCAUCAGUAUGGGUGCAAGUAUAGACAAAAAAAUUAGGGAAUCGAACAAUUGGUCCCUUUUGGAUUUACAAGCAAUAUAUUCAUCCGUUUUACCUGGCCAUUACAUGAGCGGUCAUUUCACGGGAGCCAUUGAUUUUCCAUCGUGGUUGGGUAAAAACUCGAAAAGAAAUAAAAUAAAGAGAAUGACCAACGAAUUAUCUUCACAUACUCGAAUACAAACAUCUGGAGGUCUACUUGCAAUGAGUUUAGACUAUUCAAAAGCUUUGCUAACCUCAAUUGUGACUCCCUUGAAGAGGAGAGGAUUGGAGGGUGUAUCAGAUGCUGUCGAGGUCAUGAAAACUUACCAGUUACUUCGAGAAGAUUUGGAUAAUUUGGUGGAAGUAUGUAAUAGCCCCAAACAGAAAAAUUUGAUGGACGGAGUUGAAUCAAAGGUUAAAGCGGCUUUCACAAGAUUGUACAAUAAGGAGGUUCCAAUAUUUUCAUACUCAGCAAACACAGGUGUUUCAAAGAAAAAAACUUCUGCAUUGUAUGAUGACAAUGAACUCAAUGACGAUGAAAUGGAUGAAACCUCAGAAACCGAGGAUACUAUAGAAAACGAUAAUCUCAUUAAGGCUAAGCCGAAAUCGAAAUCUCAAAAUAAGAAAGAAACUGCUAAGGCAUCCACUUCCAAGCAGAAUCCGAAGGCUAAAGGAAGGGGAAAGAAGUGAAAGAUCUGACUUGUGAUUAUUUUUUUUUUAUUCAGAUUGUAUUGCUGACUUUUUAUUUUUUAUACAGUUAUAUCUUACCUUAUUAUUGUUUGCAAAAAUAAAUUGCUGAAAAUAG